AUAGAGCGAGCAGUCAUUUGGUCGCGUGUGUACAAUAUGGAUGGGUUCACUGCUUUGAAAGGAUUUUGGAAAUCCUUCACGCAAUUGAGAAAGAUACUGUUAAGGAAUAUUUCAGUCCUUGCUUUAAUUAUGUUCCCUCUAACGUACCAAAUUAUUGCUGUGGAGUUUUUUGUUGAAGAAGAGUCGUCGAGUGCUUGUAACUACUCAGGACGUUGUUUACACACAACAUACGAAAUAGUAAACGGCACUAGGACGAAAAUUACCAAAGUCACUCCAUAUUUCCAGAUUGACUUUGUGAAAUAUGGAACAGUCCUUGUAACUACACAUUACAUCAGCAUACUUUUAGGAGCAUUAACACUUGGGAUAGCUGCCGACAGAUAUGGCAGGAAAAAGAUACUUUUCAUCUGCCUGGCACUCUUAUUUAUUGCUAGUCUGCUAGGUGCUUUGUUUAUACGAUCAAUGCCAGUCUUCAUUCCAAUACGGUUAAUAGCAGGAUUCACAUUAGGUGGAUCCCUCCUUACUCUCUUUGUAUUGGUGGCAGAGUACGUAAACCCAGGUCAACGGCCAUUUGUCUUAACCAUUAUCUGGUUGUCAUCUACCUUGUCAUGUAUAUCAUUUUCUGGGCUUGCUUACAUAGUUGACAGUAGAAGGAUUCUCAUGGUUACCCUYACACUUCCUUUAGUUCUGAUGCUCCUUCUAUACAAUAUUAUACCUGAAUCUCCCCGAUGGAUUCUCUUGCAAUCUUUGCCGUCCAGUACGAGUCCAAAAACAUCACAGAGCGAUGAGGACGAGUCUCAGACCCUCUUGCAUAGGUUUGUUAGUGAGACCCAAAGCAGUCAUCAAAAGUCUUUAAGUAUUUGGUCUUGUGGUGUGCAGUCCAAUGGAAGAACAUGUUAUGGAUUUCUGCGGAGGAAAAAACUGUGUCGGAUUGCUGUGGUUGUGGGACUCACAUGGUUCGCGAUUGGAAUGCUGUAUCGAGGUAUAAACACCAGCUCCAUACAGCUCCUGGGGAACUUCUACAGUAAUUAUGCGCUAAGAGAGCUUGUUAACCUGCUGGCAUAUGCAUUUGCUGUGAUUCUAGUUACCUGUGCUGGUCGACGCAUUACUACGUUUCUUGGUUUGAUUUUCUCCGGUGUUAUUUGUGUCAUCUUCUCUUUUGCUUCAGAUGGUUUUCUAUUAUCAGAGCAUGGAACAGUGACUCUUGUGGUCCAGUUAGUUGGGCGUUUCUUCGUGGUUCUGUCGACAACCUCAUUAACAUUAUAUUCUGUUGAACUGUUCCCCACCAUCAUCAGAUGCACAGCUCUUGGUCUCGUAACAUCUACUAGUUUCUUGGGUGCAGCCUUGACACCACUUAUCAUGUCCCUACAGUCCAUCAACCCUACAAUCCCUCUCGCAGUCCUUGGCUGUUUCUCCAUCAUUGUUGCUAUUCUACUCAGAAUCUUCCUGCCGGAGACCAAGGGCUCGUUGACUGCAGAAACACUGGAAGACACAGUGGUUGGUAGACAAGAGCCAUACAACGGGGCGUGGAGUCCAAAGGUGAACAUGACAAGAACAAAUAGCGCCGAGGAUAAUGUAGAUGGAGAGAGGAUUAAAGUAUCUUGUCAGCUCACUAAACCUGUUGAUAUCGAUAAAAAUAAGGACAGAUUUAAGGAUUUGGGUAAGAGUUGGGAAGUAUCGUUUGACAAAGCAUCGACUACAUCCAGAUGGGAGUGGCUAUCCUAUGAAGACGCAAAAAGGAAACAACAAUCACUUGACAUUGAAUUGAGCCUGAGAGGCGAGUCGCAGUUAUUGGAUGAUCAGGAUCGUGAAAAGUUGAGCCCUCACGUACCUGGUACCUCAUGGAUACUACUAUACAGUACCUAUGAACACGGGAUAAGUCUCAAGACAUUGUACCACAGAAUGGAGGAGGUAGAAACGCCAGUGCUUGUGGCCGUCAAGGACAGUCAGGAAUACGUAUUUGGUGUUUUCAGCCCAGUCCCACCCCAAAUCCAACCUGGUUUCUAUGGUUACGGCAAAUCUUUCUUCUUUACUUCAAAACCUCAUUUUAAGAUCUUUCCAUGCAGCGGUAAGAAUGAAUAUUAUUUAAGUUGCGACAUCGACAGCUUGGCGUUUGGUUGCAGCGAUGGUUUAUUUGGACUGUGGCUUGACAGUGACCUCUAUAGAGGACGAAGCACAGCCUGCGAGACGUACAACAGCGAAGUUUUAGCGUCCAAGGAGGACUUUAUAAUACUGGGACUAGAAAUCUGGACUAUUGUAUAGCGAAUUAGGAAAAAUCCACAGUGCAUAUGAAGAUUUAUGCUUUGAGCACUGAUAACCGAUCUUAGCGAUCUGUAUAAUAAACUUGGGAAGAUUACAAGAAAUGUGGCUUCGCAGCAUGUAAUGAGCUAAAUUAGAACGCAGACGAUGUCGCCAAAUAAAAGGCUUAUGAACAAGGAGGCUGUCAACAAUUAGGAAAUUCAUAUGUGGAUUCUUUAGUCUGUUCAACGACUUCCAAGGGAACGAACAACAAGGCGAGAAUAGUCCGCCAUGUUGGAUGACAUAAACAACGCAUUCAUCCAACAUGGCGACUCUCAAGUUGGCUGUCACAUGGUAAAAGCCUUCAACGACGUUGAUAGUAGAGUUUAAUGCAUAGAUAUUUAUAAUUAAAAGCCAUCCUAAAACUA